AUGGUGCUGAUGAUAUUGAGAGUACCGGUAUUCUCAGUGAACCCCCAAACCACACCACCAGGAGAACGCGACACCGUAUCCCCCAUCCUCGGGGGUUUGUCAAAAAAAAAGGGGAAAAAAAAAAGUCAAUCACUCCGUGCAAGAACAGAAAGCGAUUCUUUGGGGUGCUGGAACCGGGCGGGUUUGGGCGGGACCCCUGAUGCAUUCGAACACAGUUUCUCUGACGAGUAUUCACUCCGUUUCGCACUCGCACUUCCAGGGUAUUAUGCCACCGCCAUUGGAAUUCUAUUGGGUGGUGCUCAAGAUCGCACAAACACCCUCCCGGGGGGGGUACGGGGUUCGUACUGUACAGUACAAGUACGGAGUUGGAGCGCAACACACACAAUCCACGAACUCCCCAAAAUCUUGACAUCAAUUCAAGGAAAGAAAGAGAGAGCGCUUGUUUCCCUCCGCCUCCACCUCCUCCUUGGACCUUCAUCCUCAUGCAGAGGAACAUUAAAGUUAGGGUUCUCUGGGGUCUGCGCCCCUCCCCCUAUUCUGAGCCAUUCAUCAUGUCGUGGGCUGAAGAAACCCUCGUGCUACGGUGGGCCUAUCCUGGAUACCUGUUCUAUCUUGUGGAACGUUAUGCUAGUAGGCAACACCCGAGUACAGUACAGCGCUGUACUGAGGAAUUUGUGGCACAAGCGCUUGACAAUUAGCCGGUACAGUGCCGGUACUGUACUCCGAAUGCGAGACUGUUUAAAAAUACUGCGAGAGGCACAAUACCGUACCGUACUGUACCGUGGCUCGUUUUUUUUUUGACCGAAGAUUCCAAUAAUAAGCGAGGAGAGUGGGCUUCUCAAUUCUGCCCUUCUGCUGGAAGAUAGUUUUUUUUCCUCACUAGUAUGGUAAACUUCAGAGCUAAUGAUGAGGCAGUGUUUACUCGUAUUGGGUGGUCCUUCAAUACCGUGGAAAUGCACGAGUUGAUGGAACAAGGGUUUGAAGGUGCUCUACCGCACCCUUGCUGGCGGUACCGUAUCCAUGAUACCACUGAAUGAUACGAGAAAUGUGCAGUCUCCGAUAGGGGCACAACUAAAGCUGGCUAGUGUCGAACGGGGAUCAGGAACAGGGAUUUUUGUUACCCUA